GAAGUAGACCACUUUUCAAAGCUUGGAAAAUGCUAACUUGAUUGUUCAAUUCACACACGUGCUGACCAUGUAAUGUUGAGCUACAUGUUUCAAGUUUUGACGUAUUGGAAGUUUUUUUUCUUAUCUGGUUUAAUUUAAUGUCUGGUUAUCGUGAUAAUUCGAUCGGGGGACAAGAAGCCACUUUUAUGUAACCCGAGCUGCAACUAAAAAGGCUAGCAUUAGCCGAAUCUGAUGCAGCAACAUGUUCAGACUUGAUCUUUUGCACAGCGUGGGACCUGUCACCAUUCACAUUCAGGACAUCUCGCAAAUCGGCUAAUGCAAAGAGAAUGGAUUAUAGCUUCCCAAAGCAGCUGUUCCCUUCAUUUUACAACGAUGGACCACCAGGCUGCACGCAGAAACCAUGUGCUGGAAUUUGGGGCAGUUACGAUCAGGUCCAACCUCAGGGUGGAUCUGAUCCUCCAAGCAAAUGGACCUUUACAUCUAGACAUCAGGUGAAGGGGGAGAUAUGGCGGCAGACAGAACCGGCACCAAUUCCCCUCUUCAAACCAAACAACUCUUUCAUUUGGUCCUCACCUCCUCCAGAUCCGCACGACUUCACAGAGCAUAUGCAAAACUUCUACUCCGAUCAUUGCCGAGACGCCUUUGGGUGCAUCAGUGAAGUUCUCGGGGACAAUUUUUAUUUUAAAUAUGGAAUGAAAAAGCGUCAACGCAGAGAUGCAGUUCACACAUGGAAGAUAAAACGGUUCCUUGACAAGCUGGAUUUGCCAAUAUGUCACAAGUCGUGUUCCUCCAGAACACUGCAGGCGUACAGUGCUUUAAUGUCAGAUGUCGUGCAUACUGUCCCGCCAGAGCUCCUGGGUUCUCUGUUGUACGAGGAACUGACGGAGCAGAGAGACCGCCGGCUGUUCUAUGAAGGAGCCACAGGGGGUGCACUCAACUUAAUCCCCUUCUCACAAAGUGAACACUCUCAAAAUGGCUGCCUUCUCUUUCCUGGAAACCAGGGAAUGGACCGCCUCAACUUUCAGAGAGUUGAGUGGGAACACCACCAAGACAAAUGUUUCUCUUUGAAAUCCAGCAAAAGGAAACCGUUCCACUUCCAACUGAAAGGCCCCAUCCGGCAGAUUAGCUCAGCAUCUUUGUUCAACAUUUGUUGUGUUUCUGCGCGGUCAGAUCGUUUCUGUGGCUUUUGGAGAUUUAGUGAGCGGGAAGAACCACAUUUGUUGCAAGUCGUUAACACCAAAGAGGUUGCCACUUGUAUUACUGUCAGUCCUCACAUUCUAGGUGAAGUUUUGGUGGCAAGUGAAAGUGGAACAGUAAACCUGUGGACUGUUGGCAAAGGGAUCCAAAAGGUUUGGGAAGACAUCAGCAACCUUUACUUCAAUGCUAAGUCAUCAUGGCGCUGGUGUGAAUUCUCUGCCCAUCCUCGGGUGAUCGUCUACGCUGACAGGACUGGUGCAGAACUCUGCGAUAUCAGGGCGUGUCCUGCCUCCAAUCACACAUUGUUUCGUAUCAGCAACACUGCAGACUGUAGAAGUGGAGAGAGGCUUAUCCUCAGUAAAUAUCUGGCAGAUGUUCACCCUUUUCACCAUCUUGUCAACACUCAGUACUCAACCUACAUAAUGGACGAGCGAUUUCCUUGCUUACCAGUGCUGAAGAUGGAUCACAUGAUGCAAUUCCCACCAGUGUUCUGUCAUGUCCUUCCUGGUGGAUCCUCAUCCCGGAGCAGAGCAGGAACCACUAAAGUUUUACUGGGUUCACAGUGCUCUCAGGAAAUCAUACAGCUGCAAUAUUCAGGUGGCAGAGCAGAAGCGUGCGUCAGUAUGGGUCCUCCUCAGGCACUCCUUCGGCCUUGUGAUAGCCUCCAACACCUUCCCGUCCAGAUCCCGCACCGCAUGGACAUAGCAUCUAACCGACUGUCCUCACCAUCUGCAGGUCUAACCUGUAUCCAAAAGACUGCAAGAGAUGGAAGUAAUGAUUGCAUCUAUGUGCUACAAUUGACUGAAGCAGGUGAUAUAUUCUAUCAGAUCCUUGAACAUGAGCAUCUGGAUGCCUCUUUAGCCCCAGCCUCAGAGGAUGAAGCCCAACCAGUCCUGGAAAAUGCCUCCGAAGCAGUUCCUGAAACAUCCAGCGAUGAGGACAUAAUCGGGCCAACUCGGGGCAUAAUGCUUCACACAUUUGUGACCAAAACGCCAGAGAAACAACUUCGAUUGGACAACUCGGACAACGGUUCUGAGGAUUCAGAGACACGAGGGAAAGGACAAAACUUGAAAAGGUUGAACCUCCAGAUACAUGUCAAUGAUGAUCCAGGGUUGAAUGCAGAAAAUGGGACCAGUUCGGCAGCCAAUGAUUCAGAGCAGCCAAGCAGCAAUCAGGAGACGCGCCCUAACUUUACUCAUGCUAAUCUACCUGACUGUCCGACUUUUGUAAAACUCAGUGAGGAUGCUCUCAGCACGUGGAAACGCUGGCUACAAAAACUAAUGCUCAAGAGCCACAAAAAGGAGGACCGUAUGCGCUGCCAAAUGACAUGUGAUCCCAGUAGUCUCUUUAGUCUUUCCCGCAACAAAAUGAGAGAACUCUCUCAAGAUGACCACGUAACGCGCAUGAGACAUCAGUUGAGUCUGUGCAUGUCUGACCCUUCUUUGCUGGUGAGAAGCGCCGCCACCUCCGAGCGUCAAGAAGUGGUGCCGUUUCCAGACCAGGUGGACACGGGAGCGUGGGUUGAUGAUCUCAGUCAACGUCUGACCCUGGCCUGGCAAGGCGAGGAAAAUUGGCGAGCCUGGUGGAAAGAUCGGCUGGGGCUGAAUAGGGAAGAAAAGAUGAAUGCUCUCAGGAGGAAGAGGAGGAGGCAAAGGGAGGCGAGGAGGCGAUCCGGCGGGCGACGGCUAGCACUCUCUGAAAGCUUCACUUCAUCAGUCACCUACCAGUCAGAGCUGGACGAUUUCUCCGACUGGACGGGCUGGUCCUCUGCUGCAAGCCAAGGGGUGGGGUCAGACUCGGAAAGGGUGGAGACAGAAUUAUCGCAGUCUGAGGGCACGAUAGAAAGUGAAGCUCUAAUAACCAAGACACCCGUCGCUGCGAUCAAUGAGACCACAUUUCCGACUCCAAUCGUCUCAUCAAGAUCUGCUCAAGUGGACUUCACACCAUCCAGCCAGAGGAGAAGCAAACGCCCCACAGAGGACUACCUCAGCUCUCUGUUUGGAUCGCAGGAGGAUCCCGCACAACACGACAACUACUUUGACGCAGAGCAGCAGUCACUUGGACCUCUGGCGCACUCCUCCCAGUCCCUCUCCCAGAGUUCUCUGGGGCGCCUGUUUUCACAACCAAAGAAAAAGAAGGCGCGGAUGGGAUUUUAGUUUGUCCAUCAGCCCAUGAUCAAAAUGCAUACAUUUUCACUCUUCUAAUCCCUUUUUCAACAAAAUCAAGUCAUGACAUGAGUCAUGGAUUCAGUUCACCUUACACCUGCACCCUCAAAGCAUGUCCAAUUUAUGGACAGAGUGUCUCUGUUCCUUAAACACUUCAGUUCUACUACUCGAAGACCUCAAGAUCAUUAAUUAUUAAAAACGUACACAGAUUGGAUCUUGCCUUGAAAAUGUAUCAUCUUCACUUUUAAACUCCGUUUUUUGUGUUUGUGUGCAGGCGCACAUGCUGUUUGCAUGUGUUUGUAAUCAUUAAAGUGUCUGAUUUCGUUUUAUCAAAUGUCAUUAAGAAAAUCUGUAACCUAUUUUACAAAACCGUGUAAUCAGCUUGUUCGGUUUGCCAGAGUUUUGGAGUGACUUAAUACUCUGCAUAACUUCUCAUCUCCAUGGCAACUCCUUGGCUUCACUUAUGGCAUGCGGCAGGAGGUGCUUAAAGGUCAUUCUCCAAACAAAUUGAACGUCACAGCAAUUUUCUCUUCUACUACAGAUCAUGGUUGGAGACCGUUUCUGCGUUGUAGUCACCUUUCCACAAAAGUAUAGCAGAAACUGAUCCGACUUGUGUUGCAGCGCUGAAUUGUGUAGGGUUGUGUCGCUAAAAUAAAGGGAUAACUGGGGUUACAAUAUGUGCAUAAGUCUUUGAUUACUUCUGCUCUGCACUCUGCCUAUUAAUUCUGUUACAAUCACUUCCUCCCCUUCACUUUUAGCAUGUGUUGAACAGCAUUACACAUUCAGUCCAACCAGCUUGUGGCUUAAACAAAGUAAAGGAACAUUACAGAAAACAAGUGAUGGAAGUUGUCUCAGACUAUAUUGCCCUCUAAGUAUGAAUGUGUCUUUCUAUUUAGAGGUUUUUAACUUGUCAAUGUGCAUUGUACAGUAGAACUACUUUGGCAAUGGUAGUGCAAAUGAGGUACUAUAAAUAAAACCGAAUUAGCAAAAUUAAGUUGGCUGUUCCUGCUCUAUAAGUGUGACAUCUAUGAUGUAACUCUUCCUUAUUUUGUCCAUCAGCCUAGCUGUUGAUUCAUUGUAGGUCUUGAAAGGGAGGGAAUAAGAUCCAACAAGUUUUAAAAACAACUUUUUUUUAUAAGAUUUUUUUCAGUACAUGUGAAGAAAAGAAUAAAUUAACGUAUCUACAAACUAUGAACAAUUUUUUUUUUUUUUACAUCAUUUACAAUUUUACAUUUUUCUGUGCAUUUUUGUACAUUUUUUCCCAACUUGAACUCAGCAAUAGUUUGUUCCACAUGACAUUCUAUCCAUAAGCUACAUCCUAAAAUUGGCAAUUUUAAAAUCAUAAAUUCUUACAAAAUUAGUCAACAGUGUUUGACCAAGGAAAAUAAGUGCUUUUUACUGAGCUUUGAGUAAAUGGCCUCAGGAGAGUUAAUGCAAGAAAAAUGUCACAUCUGUUUUUCACAAGGACACAAACUACUUCCAACACACAAAUGACAUCCUGUGCAAAUGAACAAACUCCAAAGGUGAGGGCAGUAGCAGUCACUAAAGUAUUCAGUCAAUAAUAUCAAAUUAUUAUGAGUCAACACAUCUUGGGGUUUAUGUUCACAAAUAUUGUAAUCCAAUAGAAAUAUCUAAAAUGUAUGAUUAAAAAUGAAAGUAGUCUUGAAAUGUAAGCAACUAGAUCAAGCCCAGAUAAUUGCAACUGCGGCUGCCCUCAGCUUCUGUGGAUGAGUAAACUUAUUCAUCUUUGAUUAUAAACAGCCGACAUUUUCUAUACUUGCCAGAUUUCGGUAAAUUAAAGUUUCUGACAACGACUGGCACGUUUUUGCUCUGAUCUGGUUGCAGUGUUUGUCCUCCAACCAACCAGUGUCUUCAACCAAUUGCUGUGUAUCGUGGAAUGUACCAUGUACCAACACAUCUACUAACUAAAAAUCUAGACGUGCUCAGUAGCCAGUUGUUGUGCAAUUUACUUUCAGUACUGGAGCUUAUUAGACAAUAAAUUAAAAGUGAAUGUUUGGGGUGGGGAUGAGGCACAGUAACGUGACAAAGGCGUCAGGCAUUGAGGUAUUGGCGGCGUUUGUGCUGGUGGUGGA